UCGCCAAUAUACCUCCUCAAUCGCAAUGGGCCGUAACUCUGUCAUUAUCCAAUUAUCACUUCUCGUCGUCUUAGCCACCACGCAUAUCUCCGAUGCUCAAGAUUCACCCCAGGACUACGUCAACGCCCACAACGCUGCCCGCCGGCAAGUCGGCGUCGGACCCAUUUCAUGGGACGAAAGGGUGGCCUCCUACGCUCGCAACUACCUGAGCCGCUUCAAAAACAGCUGCCAGAUGGUUCACUCCGGCGGCCCCUACGGAGAGAACCUUGCCUGGCGCUACCCAGACCUGACCGGCACUGGCGCCGUCAAGAUGUGGGUGGACGAGAAGCGAUUCUACGAUUAUAACUCUAACUCCUGCGUGGGAGGAGAGUGCAGGCACUACACUCAGGUGGUUUGGCGUAACUCGGUUCGACUCGGUUGUGCGAAGGUCAAGUGUGACAACAAUCGUGGGACUCUUGUGAGCUGCAACUAUGACCCUCCGGGUAAUUAUAUUGGUCAGCGUCCUUAUGAUAAUCCUUUCUUCCAAGUUCCACUCAGCUUCAGAAAGGGUUUACAACAAGAUGAUUAAGUGGGAAUUAAAUUAUAUUCUCGGCUUUGUGUUCACAUGUUCAUGAAUAACAUGAAGUUACGGGUCGGUUUAUGUGUGAAUAUGUCUUUGUUUCAACUAGUUAUGUCUCGUUGUGUGCUUUGGUUUUGAUCAACCAGGAAAUAAAAGCUGAGUUUGAUGUUCUUUUGUUUAA